AUGGCGGCUCAAAGUCCAAAAUCUCACGACAACAAAGAGAAUGUCUCACCCUCAAAUAUGACCACCAUUCUUGAUUCUUCUUCAUCCACUGACAAAGACAAAACCCAAAUCAUAAUCAGAAGAAGACUACCUCUUAAAGACAUCACCAGUCUCUUUGUCUCAUCAUCGCCACUGCCCUCUUUGCCCAAUCCACCAUUUGAUGCCAAAUGCAUGAAACGAAGAUCUGGUGUUGGUAUCAAGGCUCCUGCAACUUCUUCGUCUACAUUCUCUUGUAGAAAUUUCAGAUGA